GGUCGGCCAAGCGUAUACCAUGCAGUGGUGGUUAUAUUUCUAGAAUUCUUUGCCUGGGGGCUCUUGACAACUCCGAUGCUAGUGGUCUUACAUGAAACGUUUUCCCAUCACACAUUUUUAAUGAAUGGUCUUAUUCAAGGUGUUAAGGGUUUUUUGUCUUUUCUCAGCGCUCCAUUAAUAGGUGCUCUAUCAGAUGCAUGGGGAAGAAAAUCUUUUCUUCUUCUUACAGUUUUCUUCACCUGCGCUCCAAUUCCAUUAAUGAGAAUAAAUCCAUGGUGGUACUUCGCUAUGAUUUCGGUAUCUGGAAUCUUUUCUGUUACCUUUUCUGUAAUAUUUGCCUAUGUAGCUGAUGUAACACAAGAACAUGAAAGAAUUACAGCCUAUGGACUGGUAUCUGCCACCUUUGCAGCAAGUUUGGUAACUAGUCCUGCCAUUGGAGCAUACCUGUCGGCCAGCUACGGAGAUAACCUUGUUGUACUAGUGGCCACAUUGGUGGCUGUUGUGGACAUCUGCUUCGUUCUGCUAGCGGUACCAGAAUCUCUGCCAGAAAAAAUGAGACCUGCUUCAUGGGGAGCUUCUAUAUCAUGGGAACAAGCAGACCCUUUUGCAUCUCUGAAGAAGGUUAGAAAGGAUUCUACAGUUCUCCCGAUCUGCAUUACAGUGUUUCUCUCCUAUCUGCCUGAGGCUGGCCAGUAUUCUAGUUUUUUUCUUUACUUGCGACAGGUUAUAGGUUUUGGAUCUGCUAGCAUUGCGGCAUUUAUAGCUGUGGUAGGCAUUUUGUCUAUAAUAGCUCAGACUGUGUUUCUCAGUAUGUUGAUGAGGUCAAUAGGGAACAAAAAUACAGUUCUCCUUGGCCUUGGCUUUCAAAUCCUUCAGUUGGCUUGGUAUGGUUUUGGAUCUCAGUCUUGGAUGAUGUGGGCAGCAGGAGCUGUAGCAGCAAUGUCAAGCAUUACGUUCCCAGCAAUCAGUGCUCUGGUUUCACGAAAUGCAGAGUCAGAUCAACAAGGUGUUGUCCAAGGAAUAAUAACUGGAAUAAGAGGUCUGUGCAAUGGCCUGGGACCAGCACUGUAUGGCUUUAUUUUCUUUCUCUUUCAUGUGGAGCUCAAUGAAUUACCACUUGACCAGUCUUCUGAAAAAAAACCAAUGCAGGAUCCCAGUGAAGAGAGAGCAGUCAUUCCUGGUCCGCCCUUCCUGGUUGGAGCAUGCAUUGUUCUUCUGGCUUUUCUAGUCGCCUUAUUUAUUCCGGAGCACAGCAAAGCCAGCAGUACCAGAAAACACAGCAACAGCAUCGGCGGUACUCUGAGUAACAACCUAGACCAAACUAGAGAAGAGGACAUUGAGCCAUUGCUACAAGAUAGCAGUGUGUGA